AUGACCGGCUCAGACAUAUUCGCCCAGGAUAAUAUCUUGGAUCUUGCUGUCAAAGCUAUCAAGCCCGGCCAGCCAAGCCUCAGGGCACCACAUGAAGCGGUGGCACUGAUCGGCCAUGCCUGCUUGGCAGCGCUGGAUUUCCGCUUGGUUGGCCUCGGUGAAGACCACAAAUUAGGUAUUUGGUCUCGCUCAGUCGUUCCUCAUACCCGUGCUGACAUCUCCAAAGAAUCAUCUGCAGAUCAAUCUUCUCUCCCCGCAGAAUGGAACACUAAUGACACGAUCGCCUUUCGAUAUGCACAUGCGAAUUCUGAGACACAGUAUCUGCUCAAAGUGAGUCGCUUGGGGGGAAAUGCAGUCGUCUUCGCACUCGCGCUGGGCGAUGACCGCACCAGCUCCUUCGAUGUCCCUACCAAGGACUACAUCUCAGCCUCCGCCCUCCCUCUGUCCUCUGAAGACAUCAGUACCUCUUUACGGGAUGUGUUCACCUCGCCUACCCGGCUGGGCGACUUGAUUAGUCUCUUCAAAAUCAACGUGAUUCAAAAGAUUGUGUCCGGUUUGCAGCAAGAAGAUUACGAGGGCACAAAUCAACCACCCAGGGAAUCACCAGCAGAAAGCAGACAGCGAGCUGCGCUACGUGACGACUCCGUUCCUCAGCCUGCCCGUCCGCGUCCGUUCGAUGACCCUUUGGCGGCAGCGCCCCGCCGCUCGAAACCACCAGUAGAUUUUGCCCCUCCCGGGUUUGAAGAUGAGCAUCAAGUGUACAGCGCCCCGCGGAGAUAUUUGGGAGGAUUGGGUGGCGGCUCAGGCGGGCUGGGAGCAGGGCCAGCAGGUCUUGGAGAUGGACCAUCGGGAUUGGGAGAUCCCUUAAGCAUCGGUUCACAAGAUCUCUACCCCCAAGGUCUUUCUCCCCAUGACCCGUUCAACGGACGUAUGGGUGGUUAUGGACCAGGUAGUGGGGGUAUGCAUCCUACCUUUGAUGACCCCCUAUUUGGUGGACAGGGAACCGGUAGUGGUAGACACGAUCCCCGAGCACCUCCUGGAGCACGCUACGAUCCUCCUGGACCUGGUGAGCCACCGUUCGGUCGCAACCGGGGACCUUAUGGUAACAAUGGACGAGGUGGGGGAGGCUUUGGAGGCUUCGGUGGUGGGUUUGGCGGGGACAUCAUCUAA